CAAUGAGAGCCUUCGCUGGCGCUGAGGCGGAGCCUGGACUGUGAGGAACCGGCAGAAAAGCCAUGAACUCUUUAGAACAAGCAGAAGAUCUGAAGGCUUUCGAGAGGAGACUAACGGAAUAUGUGUCCUGUCUACAGCCAGCUACAGGCCGGUGGCGAAUGAUUUUGAUCGUGGUGUCAGUUUGCACAGCAACCGGAGCUUGGAACUGGUUAAUAGACCCAGACACUCAAAAGGUGUCCUUCUUUUCUUCGUUAUGGAAUCAUCCGUUUUUCACCAUCAGCUGCAUCACUCUCAUCGGCUUGUUCUUUGCUGGAAUACACAAACGAGUAGUCGCACCGUCAAUUAUCGCUGCACGCUGCCGGACAGUGCUAGCAGAAUACAACAUGUCUUGUGAUGACACGGGGAAACUCAUCCUGAAGCCACGGCCUCACAUCCAGUAGCAGAUCUGGAGCUGAAUGUUUUUGUCUUUUUUUUUUUUUUUUUCCUCUGUCCAGUUUUGUUUGAAAUAUAAUACUUCUACUAUUUUAAAAAAACCCUACACACACUCGCACAAAGAGUUUUACUUUUCACCAUACAUCGAGUGUCUGUAUUUCUAACGCUGUUCUUUUAUUGUGUGUCUCGUGGGAAGUGUUUGCGAUUUUACGCAAACGGCUUAACACGGUAACUAUUAAAUACACAGAUCUCUUAAUUAAAGGACUUUAUACAUCUGAAAGAGACUCUGUUACAAUCGAUAGGUUUUGUACCCUAAACCCCAUUGUAUAACUACAUCUUUACAGAUAAGAGUCUUUUAAAUUGUAGAUAUGAUUCAGUGAAUUUGAUUUUAUGCAUGUGUACGUUAUUUAAAACCAGAUGUGCUGCUUUAUUUUCUAUAUUUGUAGGUUUUUGAAAGGAUCUUUCUGAUAUCGUUAAUAAAAAAUGGUUCCCUUUUUUUGUGAUAAUUUUGUA